CAACGUACUGUAAUUGUGUGAUGACAUGUAUUGUACUGUAAGUAAUGUACCUGGCUGAGCCUGUAGACACUCCCUUCAUUCCUGACGUUUUAAUUUAUGAGGAAGUGACAUAUUUUCAUCGUCGAUUGUUUGGUACAGCAUCGAAAGUUUAGUUUCUUGUCUUUCAUUUUUCUAUUUACAUUUCGAUCACAUAGUUUUGAACAUUUUACAUAAUGAGUAAAAUUUCCAAGUUUUUCAAAGUAGGGUCGACUUCAUCGAAAAACCGAGGUCCGACUCCUCAAGAGGCGAUCCACAAACUCAGGGAGACUGAGGAAAUGCUAACUAAAAAACAAGAGUACCUGGAAAACAGAAUACAGCAAGAGCUAACCACUGCUAAAAAGCAUGGCACCAAGAAUAAAAGAGCUGCUUUACAGGCACUAAAACGAAAAAAGAGAUUUGAGCAGCAGCUGGCUCAGAUUGAUGGAACAAUUUCUACCAUCGAAUUCCAGAGAGAAGCGUUGGAGAAUGCAAACACAAAUACAGAAGUGUUGAAGAACAUGGGAUAUGCUGCUAAAGCCAUUAAAGGAGCUCAUGAGAACAUGGACUUGGAUAAAAUUGAUACACUUAUGCAGGACAUUACUGAGCAGCAAGAGGUUGCACAAGAAAUCUCAGACGCCAUCUCCCGACCAGUUGGAUUUGGGGACCAGUAUGAUGAGGAUGAACUGCUGGCUGAGCUGGAGGAGUUGGAACAGGAGGAGCUUGAUCAGAACCUGGUUAGCAUGGGAGGACUGCCCAGUGUUCCAUCAGCAUCUCUGCCAUCUAGGCCAGCUUCCAAGAAAAAGGUGGAUGUCAAUGAUGACCUUGACAUGGAACAGCUAGCAGCCUGGGCAACAUAAUGCUUUAAAGAAGAAAAAAAAAAAAAAAAUAUAUAUAUAUAUAUAUAUAUAUAUAUAUAUAUAUAUAUAUAUAUAUAUAUAUAUAUAUACUUCCUUACAAAAGACUACAUUUUAGAUUUCAGUAUUCUGAACAUGUUCUAGUAUUGUGGGGUUUUUUUCUUUUUACUUUGUAUUGAGGUGCUUUUGGGGAUUUUGUUUUUUACUGUUUUUCUGUAGAGUGAAAAACUGUUUCUUUGUAUGUAUGUAUGUUAUAUAUAUAUAUAUACCGAUUUUAUAUAUUUCUCUAAACACUAAGUGCUUUUUUCUAAGCUUGUAAUCAAGACAAAAACCCAGCAUUCAUUGACACAAGUGCCUGAUGACUUAGUUACUAUAAUAUUACAAACAAAUACUGUUAAAAGGGUAUAAUUGUUCUUUACUGUUGGAUUACCCAAUGAUAAACCUACUAUGCACUGCGUUGUAAUUAUUGAAGGUCUUAUAUCACUUCCAAGGUUGUGUUGCACAUGAAUUAUAGUACAUACUUAUGAAGACAGCAUGACGCUAGCAUGUCUCCUAAUAUUAAUUCAUUCUGCAUUUAAAAGACUCUUGUUGGGUUGUAUGAAGUCUUGUAAGUGUAGCAUGAAAGGUGAAAAACAUCUUGCUCAAAUAAUCUUGUUCUUAGACUCAAACCUCACAAAAUGACACUAAAUAAUGUGCUGCACAAUAAUAGAUUUCUUAUUACAGGUUAUUUCCUCUUUAAAUGUGUAAUAAUAUAUCAAAUGCAUUGUGAUUAUUAACUCUUGUAGCACCACUUUGUACUGCGGUUAAAAAAAAAAAAAAAAAAAAAAAAAAAAUCAGAGAAAUUAAACUUGUAAGGACAACCAUCAGAAGUUAUUGUAAUUGUAAAUGUUCAUGUUGUGACCCCAGGGCCUGAAGUGGAUGUGGGUUACAAGGGACAAACACACACUAUGGCAAGUGUCUUAUUAAAUGUAUAGCUGCACAAAUAUCAAUACUGUUGCUGCUGAUGAUACACACAUUUAUAAAAUCAACAUGUUUAUUGAUAUUUACAUCUCUUCACCACAAGGUGGCUCUGUUGUAUUUGAGAUAACAGUUCAUUUACCAUAGCAUGUACCCAGUAAAAAGCAUGGCAAUGUCAACACAAUAUUAGAGGUGGUAAACAAUCCAGAUUCCCUUUGUAAAGUUACAGUAUGUGAUACUUGCUGAUUUAAAAAAAAAAAAAAAAAAAGCGUACAUUAUUUUUAUUUUUCCAAAUAACAAUCUUAAAAACAAUGGGAUACAGAAAUCAUAAAAAAACACACACAUAUUACAUGUGCAAUAACAUUUGAGUGACCUUAUUGUUUAGGGAGCAGUUGGUUUACAUUUCCCUAAAAGUAGUUAGAGAGGCAGACAUAUACAGCACAUUUAUGAAAUCCCAAACGUAUCUACAGACAGAUAUCAAGGAAAGGAAUAAGUGGUUUGUUCAGCCAAAGCAACAUGGUACAAAACCAGAGAAGUGAAAUUAUACAACUUGUAAAAAAAUGUAUUUGUGCAAGACUUCAUUAUAUACUGCAAUUAGUCAGGAUUAAUGAUUGUAAGAAACAAUGCUAAAUUAUUUCAAACAUCAUUCACUAGUCUUGUGCGAUUCUUAUUACAACUUGAACAUUGAAGUAGUCUCUUCAAUGUUGACCUCAGAUUACCAUUUAAAAAUUGCAGCACAAUCAAAACUUUGGAAAAGACUAACAAAAUUGGCUUUUAAAUUGUCCAAGCCUUCAUUUCUGAUUUACAAGCAGAAUGUACAAACAAGAUCGCAACCAAGUUAAUUAGCAUCUAAUCUUUAUUAAAGCUGUAAUGAAAAAUAAAGUAUUUUAUGCAGGACAUACUUUAUUACAAUUGUUCUGUGUGAUUGUAUUUACAUUAUAAAGAGGAGUCGCUUCUCCUUUGAAGUUAAAAGGUAAGACUUACGAUUUGAAAGCUCAUUUAGUUAAAUUACAUAUAUUUUACUAUUAACAGGGUUCUCAGUUGUGACUGUUAGCUCAUAAUUUAAAUAUUUGUUUGUUUUCAAAAUGUAAUAAAAGUCAUUAUACUGCUCAGAAUGCAGGCAGAGACAGCAUAGCAGCAGGGGCAGGGGGUGUGGACCCUGUGCGCACGCCUUUAUUUUACAGCAAGACCUUACAUUAUGUAACAUGUUAAAGUAGAAAAAUAUCCCAGUAAAGAAUACGUUGUGUAGGCCUUACUUUACCCCAAUGAAUUAACAAAGGAUGCCAAAUAGCAGUUCAAGUUAAACGUUGUUUUGUUUAUUCACAAAAUAAAUAGGAAAGUUGACACUGCAUUUUAUUUCUUUUCAUUCCUUGCCAUUUCCAUUUCUUCGCAGUAAACUGUAGUCAUAGGUUUUUCAUAAAGUAAUAACAUGAGGUUUACUUGUGCCUUUUUGUAGCUGAACAAGCACACCAAAACUGAAAUUUAACUUUUAAACACUUCAAAUAAAAUAACUGUUUUGGUUCUCAAUUCUUAUAUUCCACAUAACAGGAAGUCGCAACAAAAUAUAUAAAAUAUAUACCAUCUUAUAAAAAUCAUUACACAGCAUUUCCAGCAAGUUGGGCACUGUUCAAGCGAGGCAUUUCAGAAUUUCAGGCAUUUUAAACUGGUGCAAGGUAUUUCUGUCAUUUCUAGUGAAUACGAACAAUUUUUCUAUCCGAAUGAAUACAUGUCAAAAAAUAUUUGUUCGAAUAUUUGGAUUUUUGUCCCAGCUCUAUUUGUAAUUGAGAUUCACGAAAGGCUUAACAGGUAACAAUUUAAUUUUUAAAAGGAGAGUAGAAGUCAUGGGGAAAACACAGAAAAUCAGAAGCCUUAUCUAUAAAUCCUGUCCUGUCAAUAAAAUGAGAGACGCUGUGUCCUGCUUAUCCAAAAUCAAUAACGUGGGGAGGUGGGGCACAAUGAGAGACUAUACAACUGCAUAAUCAUGUCAUUUAUUAAAAAUGUAUUUACGCAAAAUAAAGAAUUUUAAGCACAUAAAUACAAUUACAUUUCAUGUCAUUGAUAUGUUACCCUUCCAGUAUAUCCAUACUACACAAAUAUCUGGGAAGUAAUCACCCAAAUACUCCAUUCAUGCAAAACAAGAACACAUUUGCAGGUCAAGAAAGAUCAGAAUAAAAAUAAAAUAUUUUACAUAAAGAAUAUUUCUCAUUUUACCAAAGGCACAAUGCAGACUACUUUGGGAUGCAGAUCUGCCUUUAGGAAAUAAUCGUCAAAGUUAUUUCUGGGCCAACAUUUCACAAUAAAUCUUCCAGAGGAAGAAUAAAGACAAAGCAUAAAACAUCUCUAAACAGCAUUUCCUAUACUAUUAAAUGCCAAGGAAUUCCAUUGUACAUACCACCAUGAGUAACUCACAGCUGAAAAAUGAACAGUUUUGAAUACAUGUCAGAGUAACAACUAUUAAAAGCAGUAGCAGAAUUAAGACAAGCAGUUUUAUUCAUAGCAAAAGUAAGCAAGGCACUUGUAGCAUUGGCAUAUUAAAAGUGUGAAGAAUAAGGUAUAAGUUGAGCUGGCAAACUGAUUGUGCAUGAAACAAUGAGUGACAUAAAAGGCACAAAG